UCAUUUUUCACCUAAAAUAUUAUAAUUUUGACUUAGAUUUUUUCAUUAAUAACUAUAAAAUUCAUUUAGAACGGGAAAAGCAGAAAUUUUUGCAGUAAUAAACAAUUAUAAAUAGAAUUAAAAAUUAAGCGACGAGGAUGGGAUUCGAACCCACGCGUGCAGAGCACAAUGGAUUAGCAGUCCAUCGCCUUAACCACUCGGCCACCUCGUCAGAUGAGAAAUGGGGAAAAAUUAACUUUACUUAAAUAUAAUCUAUUUUUCAACAAUCUUUAAUGGAUGGAAAUCAAAUAAAUAUAAAGAUAGUUUUGUAGCAGGUCACGUGGUUAAUUUAAAAACAUGGAGUCUAAAAUUAAUGCAAAUAAUAAUCCUUUACGUACUAAAAUAAAACGCAAACGCGUUAGUAAAAAGUCUAAACGAAGCUGGAGGAAACAUAUCGAUAUUAAAGAAAUAGAGGAUUACUUGGACGAAGUAAGAAGACAGGAACGGACUGGAGGUGUGAUAUCACAGAAAAAGAAUGGAGAGCUGUUUUACAUGGAUAGAGACCAUUCAGGAACUGAAAUUGGUGAAAAGGAAGAGACAAAACAAUACCGAAAAGGUGUAAAACUAAGGAAAAGCAAGCAAAAAUUGAAAAAGGAUGGCAAAGACGUAGAUUCAUCAGAAGAUGAUGAAGCAACUGCUAUAUUACCACAAAAAAUCCUCAAGAAAAAGGAAGCUAAACUGGAAAUUUAUGAUUUAUGGGGUGAUUCAGGAGUUUUAUCUAAAUCUAAAUCCUUUGAAGAUGAACAUUACAUGAAAGUAACACAAAAGAAACCAGCCAAGCAACCAAGGACUGUAUACAAAGUUCGAAGUACCAUGCCAGCAUUAAGUGUUUGUCACCCUGGAGCAUCAUACAAUCCAACAUUUAAUGAUCAUCAGGCAUUGCUGUUUGCUGCUUGUCAAGUUGAACUUUUUAAAGAGAAGGAGAUUAAGAAAUUACAGCGACAGUUGCAGUUUCCAUCAGAAGAAGAGAUGACAAAACUUCCAAGUUGGGAGGAAGAAAUGCAACAAGGAUUGUUUGGUGAUGAAAGCAAUGCUGAAUGUAGUGAUGAUAAUGAUGAUAAGGAAUGUGGAGUCAUGCUCCCUUGUUUUUCUGGGAAGGAGAGAAAGACAAUUAAAGAAAGACAAAAAGCAAAGGAAAGGAAAAAAGAGGAGCUCUAUUUCAAAAUACAACGAGAUGAAAAAGCAAAAGAGAAUGAAGUAUUCAGAGUCAAGUCCAUCAAGAAAGAGUUGAAGAAAAGCAAAGAAAAAAUGCAGGAACGUUUGAAGAAAAAAGAAGAGAAAAUCCUAAAGUCUUCAUCAAAACCAAAACGUUUAGGAAGACAAAAAUUUGAAGAAAUGAACAUCGAAAUACAAUUGAUGGACGAAUUGAAGGGCAGUUUACGAAAUUUGAAGCCGGAGGGAAAUCUUUUCGAGGAUCGUUUUAAAAGUUUUCAACGUCGAAAUAUUAUUGAACCUCGACGUCCUAUCAUGCCGCAUCGGAAGUAUAAAUUGAAAGAAUACGAAAAGCGCUCCUAUAAGAAUUUUGAUAUUCAAGAGAAAUCGAAAGAGCAGAGAAAGCGACGGUGAUGCAAUUGUUGUCAGAAAUGUUAUUGGCUUAGCACAUUGCUUGUCCUUGACAACUCAUUGUGUAGCACUGUUAGUAAUUCUUAUUGGAAACGGUGCUAGUUAAAUGAUGCUUAAAGAUAUGAUAAAGAUGAAACAGGCAGAUGUAUGUUACCAUAUGCUUUAUGCCCAUAGAUUCGAGAAGAUGACAGUCUUUAAAACUAUAUGUGGUGUUCAUGUUAGAGAGAAAUUCUGAAGAAAUCAUGUUUUCAUGCAUUUAUUUAUCCAACCACUUAAAUUUACGAACUCGCAUUUCUAGAUGUUAUUUGUUAAGUUGUAGUUAAGCAGAGCAAGUAUUUUUAAGGUCAGGUGCUUGUCGAAACUUGACAGUUUAUAUCGCUUUAUAAAUAAUUAUGAAAAUUCUUUGAAAAUCUUUUCUUGGAAAAAAGAAUUGCAUUAUGUCACAAAUGUUUUCUGAUUUGCUUUUUUCCCGAGCUGUGAGAACGUUUUCUCACUGUUCGCUAUACUUUUCAGAAUUUCAUGUACAUUUAUAUAAGAAUUUUUACAUAGAAGAUGUUCAUAUUCUUCCGAUUGGGCUGUUUAGUACAAAUGUGCAAAAGACGCAACAUAUUGUCUCGUUUAAGUGUUAUUGUAAAUAAUUUGCUUCUGGUUUUCAAUUGGUAUGAAUGCUCUUGCUUACAUAACGCAUCUUUAGCUCGUUUUAUAUAAGAAAGAAAUAUAUCUUUGAUAAACUUUU